UAUUAGGUAGUGGAGAGACAGAAAAGAUGAACCCAGAUAACAACUAUUUUGUUAUGCUACUAUUUAUAUGGCAGAAAGAAAGAAAACUAUAAUUAACUUUCAACAGAUAACAAGUUGGUGAGGUGACUUUCGUGUCAACUCAUACUCUUAUAUAUUAUAUAUCUAACUCACUAGAAGCAAUUGCGCUACUUCUUCUCUCUCCAAUCCUGGCUUUCUCAAUUGUGAUGGCCAUGGCUACUGCUUUCAUAUAUCUUCUUCUCGCCGCUCCUGCUUUCGUCUAUGCAGUGGAUUACACUGUUGGUGACAGCAAUGGAUGGACAUCAGGUGUUGAUUACACAAAUUGGGUUUCUGGUAAAACCUUCAAAGUUGGUGAUGCUUUAAUUUUCAAUUAUGGAGGUUCUCAUGGACUGGAUGAGGUAACGAAAAGUGAUUAUGACAGUUGCGUUUCUAGCAAUGCCAUUGACAGUCACAGCGAUGGAAACACAAGACUCAAUCUGACAACCACUGGAUCAAGGUACUUCAUCUGCCCAACUAUCGGUCAUUGUGGUAAUGGCAUGAAAUUGGCCGUCACUGUGUCCGCCGCAUCAUCAGGUGGCAACACCCCAACUACCGGUAGUAGUCCAACCACCACCACCACCCCUUCACCAGCGCAUAGUGCGGCUACUACUAGUUCAUGUAAUAUGAUGAUGCUUGUGAUUUCUUUGCUUGUUGGAGGUGCGUUUAUGGGCUAGGGGAGAGGCAGUGCUGUUGACUGUUGUUAUUGUUUGUCUUUACUGUUGUUAUAUGGUGGCGAUUGUGCGACAUGUUAUGACUGAGAGUUGUAUUUAUUUCUUCACCAUAUCAAUGUACAAUAACUAGUUUUCAAAUGGAUCUAUGAACAUUUAUUGAGUUCAAA